AUGGGAUUUUUGAGUGGUGUGCUUGAAGCGGUGAAGGAUGAAAAUGAAGUGACAACUUAUGAUACAGAUCCUACAAAAAACAUUAAUACAGUUAUUACAACCUUAAAUAAUAAUAUUGGCUCCGGGCGUGCUGGGCUUGCGGCGUCUGUCGACGCGGUGAAGGGGUGGUUGGAGGGGUAUGAGAUUGAACAUAAUGGUAAACUUGCAAGUAUAACUGGGCCAAUAUACGGACUUAAGACGAAUUUAGAGACAGAAAUUACGAAAUUUAAAAAAAAGGAUCUUAAAGAUCCUCAAAUCAUGAUGAGCGACGAAGAAUAUGGAAAAGCAUUCAACACUAAGAACGUUGAAAGAGUAAUCGAGCACUGCCUAUUGCAAACAAAAACUUGUAUAAAAGAUAUUUUUGAAGACUCAAACUCAGGGUUUCAAGCCUUGAUCCCGGAUGCAGAGUAA